UUCUUGAAUUCUUCUGAAGAAGAACAUGACUCAAGCAUGAGAGUUAGCCCAUGCUCAGGAUGAUGAUGGGAGGGGUAUUAGAAAUACUGUGUUUGUUCCUCCACUCCUUGUGACACAGUCAGUGCCUCUGACUGAGAAGACAGCGAUGAAUGAUCCAAACUCAUCAUCUUUUGUCAUAGACUUUGGCUCCAUCUAUGACGAACUCAACUUCACCUACAAUGACUCCGAGUUCGUCAUAAACCCCGAGACGCAGCCCUGCAACUCCUUCUCCUUACCAGAUGCGGUGAUGAUCAUGGUCAGCACAUUCUACGUCCUCAUCUUUCUGGUGGCCAUUCCUGGAAACCUGGUGGUCGGGCUGGUGAUCGGCCUCAGCAAGCAGACGCUGCCGCCCUCCGACCUCUACCUCCUCCACCUGGCGGUCGCCGACCUCCUGCUCGCCGUCACUCUCCCGUUGUCGGCCGUCUCCGUCACGUGGGGCUGGGUGUUCGGAGAUGCCAUGUGCAAAAUUGCCACCAUCCUCCAGGAGCUGAGCUUCUACUCCAGCAUCCUCUUCCUGACCUGCAUCAGUGUGGACCGCUACAUGGUUAUUGUGCGCGCUAUGGAUGCGCGCAAGGCGAACCGGCAGCUGGUCAGCUGGGGGGUUUGUGCUGCCGUCUGGGCUGUCGGGGCGCUGCUGUCCCUGCCGGGGCUCUUCAAUUCCUCCUCCACGACUCAAAACUCCAACCGCCUAGUGUGCGCCGAACAGUACGAUCCCACCAGUGCUGACGAGUGGCGGCUGGCCACCAGAAUCAUUCGCCACGCUUUGGGUUUUCUGAUCCCCCUGGCAAUCAUGCUGCUCUGUUACGGAGUAACCGUCCGGCGCCUCCUCCGCGUCCGUGGGGGGUUUCAGCGGCAGCGAGCCAUGAGAGUGAUCGUAGCCGUGGUGGUGGCCUUUCUGCUUUGCUGGACGCCGUACCACGUCGCAGUGAUGGCAGACUCUUUUUUCAGGACAAAGAUAGUGCCAUACCGGUGCCCAGCCAGGACGGCGGUGGAUCAGGCCAUGUUCGCCACCCAGAGUCUCGGCCUGCUCCACAGUUGUGUCAACCCGGUGCUGUACGCCUUCGUGGGGGAGAAGUUCAGGCGGAGGCUGCAGCAGUUCAUGAGGAAGGCCGGCGUCCUGGAGAGGGCGUCGGUGACGAGGGCCAGCAGGUCGUCGCUGUCGUCGGAAAUAACAUCCACGGUCAUGUGAGAACACCAAGGGGACACAAACUGAUUCAUCCAGAUAAGAUGAUUGAGGAUGAGAAAAUGAAAAUGAUUGGACUGUCAGGCAGGAGCUCAGGUGUUGGACAGCAAAGUGUCUAUUAUCAGAAUUUUCCAUCACAACUCAUAUUAGAUGGCCAUUACCCCACCAAUAAAAGAAGCCUUGACUUGCCUGCAACACUUUGCCCAAUUGUUUUCUCACCUUUGCUUUUGAUUUCAGUCCAGUGUAUAGAGAAGGGAACUACCUCAGUUCCCUCAGUCCAACGGUGGAAAACACGCUUGAGAGGUUUCAAUUUCAACCGGGUUACAUUUCAACAUGAAAACACCUACGUGUCACAACGCUGACACCAAACCGCCACUGCUGAGGAAACAUCUCGAAGAUCAGCAGAAGGCUCUGGAAAAGAAGAAAGAAACUGCACCCUUGAGUUCAGAACAGUCAGAGCUCAGUGUUGGACUGGGAAUUUUUAUUUUCAUUUAAAAUUUCCAAACCAAUGUAACUGUCCUUUUAAAAUAGCAUUUCACUUCCGGCUUAGCUUGUGCUACAUCGACUGUACAGGAAACCAUCUUGCACAGUAGAGUUAACCCCAUAUAUAUUUUUAUAGUCAUGUAUUGAUUUGAUUUGAUUUUCAAAGUAAGGCUGUUUGAGUUGUAUGGUACUAGCUGUAGCCAGCAGGUUGUCGUUCACAUUGACUGCAUAUUCCAAAUCGUCAUUAAAGUUUCAUAUAAACGAG